CUGCUACCUGCCACCCGUUUCUACGUCUGGUCAUGCCAAUCAACACUUCACCAUAGAAUCGUCCGAGAAAGUACUAUGUCUGGUUCCAGAACUCCAGAACAACCGAUUGACGAAACGAAUUGCCUUCCGCCUUCGUACGAGAGCCUUCAGAAUAGACCGAGAAUCCUCGAGCCCAGAACGACACAUAGUCAAGCUUCUUCUGACCACCAGGUCCACUCCUCGACCCAGACUCGUUCGACGCCCUUGGAUCUUCCGCCAAUCCGACCUUUCCGCGGCGCGCCCGACGAAGACAUUCAACACUUUCUCGACAAGCUGCGUCUUCGAUUCCGGCUGGAUGCUAAUGGAUUUCGAGAUGAAGACAACAAGGUUCUCUACACGCUGACUCUGUUGGAAGGACAGGCAUGGAGGCUCGUACAAGGGGUCGGAAUGGAUGGAGCGGACGGGCAUGGGGGUCCGGUAGGAGAGAACCUCGAGGAUUUCGAGGCGAUCGCCGAGUUCUUGAUGAACGCCUUUGGGUCCCUCGAGUCCCGUAUACUCGCCCAAGGCGGAGAGAAGGCAAGAGCGUUGGCGGCGAGGAAACUUUCCGCUGUAUACCAGACGUCGUCUGUCUGGCAAUACCUGGCCGAGGUCGACCGGUGGGCAAGGAGGACGGGAUGGACAGAAGCCGCGAUCAUCAGCGAGGUCAAGAUGGGGCUCGAGCUCGAGUUACGGGGGGCCGUUUCACGGGAGAUGACGAGGCAGCCUGGAUUGCGACUCGAUUUCAACGCUUUUCGCAAACGAGUCUUGCAGUUGGAUGAGACGAUACGCGAGGCUUGGGAGGAGAGGAGAGACGAGGAGAUGAAGGCGAGAAAGUGGGAUGCUACGUCGCGGGGGGUGGAUCAAGCAGACGAUUACAAGCCGGAUGAUUUAGCCUUGGCAGGGGAAGGACGAGGGCAGGGAAUUAAGCAAGCUCGAGGUCGGCGGGGAAGGAACUGAACGUAAUAGCAGAGGUGGAUAUACCACUGCAAUUAUCAUCGUCGCUUUCAUAACAUGUUGCCCUGCACGGACCGCCCAUGGAACGAAGAAAGCGCUCAAGAUCUUGAACAGCGCAAAACCGAACCCACCCGCUGAUUGGAUCUCGCAUAUACCUGGCCGUUCAUUAGAUUUCGCUAGGAGACAGCUGCCUGGCAACCUGAAGCAGGUUGGCCCUGGCUUGUUCCUGACGAUCUCGAGCAAUAAAGAUAAGCAAGAAGAUACGUUUCUUGAAAUACGGCCCCAGGCGCUGCGAGAUUUAUUGCGGGCAGAUUGCGCCGCUUCGCCUUCAGUCCUUUGCACAAUUGCACUUCACUGCU